AUGGUGGUGAAAAGUGAAUCCUCUCCAAGGUACGCGCUGGAUGUGAACGCGGAGAGGGUGGACGACGUGGUCACCCACCAGCGGCUGCUCGAGGAGGCGCGCGAUCCGGAACGCCGGCCCGCCUUGUCCGUGCGCGUCGUGCAGGAGUUCACACACCUUUGCGACAUGAGUGAUGAUACUGAUCACAGUGUACAUCUCAUUUCCAGGCCAAUGCAUGAGAUAACUUUUGCAACUAUUGAUAAGCCAAAGCUCCUUAGUCAGCUGACCUGUUUGCUUGCCGAGCUCGGUCUUGACAUCCAAGAAGCACAUGCAUUUUCAACAAUUGAUGACUACUCAUUGGAUGUAUUUGUCGUCACUGGAUGGCAUCUUGAGGUACAUAGUUGA